AUGUCUCUAAACGUCUUCAAGCAACCCCUCGCGCUCCACUCGACACAGCCCCUAACCGGCUUCACGCGCUCAGGCUACUGCGAAGUGCCCGCCUCGGACGCCGGCAACCACGCCAUCGCAGGUGUAGUUUCGAAAGAGUUCCUCGACUUCUCUGCCGCGCGGGGCAACGACUUGCGCCAAGUGGGGCUGACGGACGGCUGCAAGUGGUGUCUUUGUGUGAGCAGGUGGAAGGAGGCGUUUGAUGCGAGGACGGGCAUGGAUGAUAAGAAGGUGCCCAAGGUUGUGCUCAAGGCGACGAAUGAGAAGGCGUUGAAGGGUGUGGCGAUGGAUGAUUUGAAGGCUUUUGCUGUGGAUAAGGAGUAG